UUGGAUGCAGUCUGCCCAGAGGGAAGCCUGAGACAUAGGUCAGUCAUCAGAGCAGGAUGUAAAUAAUAAAUCACAAGUUACGUUCGUGGGGAUUUAAAUGUAGUUAAACUGAAACUGUAAAUACCUCCUGGAUUUAGACUCGGUGAAUAAUGUGAGGACUGGAGUUUGUGAUACCAUUCUGUAACAAUGGAUAAUAAAGAAAAUGGCACCGGUUUCCCCAGCUUCAAACAGUUGGAACACUUCCUUGUAGAACAUAACUCUAAUUUUGUGUGGCUGCUUGUUGCUACCAUUCUAUCCUGUGGCUGGAUUAUUUAUUUAACAUAUUACAACUCCAGGAAUGUGGGACUGAUUUUAACAUUGAUUCUUAACAGACUGUAUAAAAAUGGCCACAUCCAUAUUGGCUCAUUUUCCUUCUCUGUGCUGUCUGGAAAGGUCAUGUUCAGGGAUAUUUAUUUCAUCAAUACGGACAUGUCUGUCAGAAUUCAGGAUGGCUUUCUUAUAUUUCGAUGGUGGAAAAUGUAUAAUCCCAAACAAAAGAAGCAUGAUCCUAAAGCAGAAACAAGACUCCACAUAACUGUGAAUGGGUUUGAAUUCCAUGUGUACAACCAAACUGACCUUUAUGCACACUUGCAAGAAAUGUUUGGGUUGGAACCAACAAUCGUUCCACCAAAAAAGGAUGAUGACAAGGAAAAAGAUGAAAGAGAAAAGACUCUUGAGAGUGUUCAAAUUAAAACCGAAACACAAGACCCGUUUUCCACAUGGAGAUCCCUCAUCCCUGUUAUCAAAGUUAACAUCAGCACUGGUCGUCUGGCCUUUGGAAAUCAUUAUCUGCCCCAGACGCUCUGUGUAAAUUUUGAUGAUGCUUUCCUGACAUACACCACCAAACCUCCUUCCAGUCACCUUGACCAGUUUAUGCACAUUUUGAAGGGGAUUUUAGAAAAUGUCCGCGUUAUGGUUGUUCCUAGUCCCAGAUAUGUUGGUCUUCAAAAUGAUGAGCCUCCAAGGUUGAUGGGGGAAGGCUUUGUGGUAAUGCAGUCUAAUGAUGUUGACAUCUACUAUUACAUGGAUGAGCCAGGGAUGGUUCCAGAAGAAAUGGAAAACAGGGAGGCAGAAGCGUGUAAUGAAGACACAAAACUUCAGGAUUUGCCUCCUUGUUGGGGGCUUGACAUUGUUUGUGGCAAAGGAACAGAUUUCAACUAUGGGCCCUGGGCUGACAGGCAGAGGGAUUGUUUAUGGAAGUUCUUCUUCCCUGCUAACUUCCAACCCAUGAAAGUCACAGAGAUUGCAAAACCAGGAAAACCCAGACAGAUCCUAGCUUUUGAGUUGCGCAUGAACAUUAUUGCAGAUGCCACAAUCGAUCUGCUCUUCACCAAAAACCGGGAGACCAAUGCUGUACAUAUAAAUGUUGGGGCUGGUUCAUAUUUGGAAGUUAAUAUCCCUAUGACUGUGGGGGAAACUGGCUAUUCACCCACAAUUAAAGGCCAGCUUUUGCAUGUGGAUACAACCAGCAGCAUGCAAUAUCGGACUCUUUUGGAGGCAGAAAUGCUAGCUUUUCAUAUCAAUGCCAGCUAUCCAAGGAUUUGGAACAUGCCACAGGCGUGGCAGUGUGAAAUUGAAGUCUACAAGGCAACAUACCAUUUCAUCUAUGCUCAGAAAAACUUUUUCACAGAUUUGUUACAGGACUGGGCUAUUGAUGGUGUUCCUGAUAUCUACUCCUUUGUCCCAUAUUCCUGGAAGUUCAAAGUCAUGUUUCACCAGUUUGAGAUGAUCUGGGCAGCAAAUCAGCACAACUGGAUAGAUUGCUCCACAAAACAGCAAGAAAAUGUUUAUCUGGCUGCCUGUGGGGAAACACUCAAUAUUGAUUUCACUCUGUCUUUUACUGAGUUUGUUCCAGCUAAGUGCAAUACCAAAUUUUCUUUAAGGGCUGAAGAUACAGAUCUCCAGUUAUCGUUGCCAGAUUGCCACCCCAGUAGAUACUCCCUUCUUACUUUGGCAAAGAAUUAUCAGCCUAACAAAAUCCCUCCUGAGGGCUGCAUUACAACUGAGAGUCAAGGGGGUGCUAAACAAGGAAAGCCAAGGUGGAGGAAUGUUACCCAUUCAGAAGAUGGCUGGGUUGAUUGCUGGACUGUACCAAGCCUGAUGCUCAUGAUUGACUACACGUGGCAUCCAAUCUAUCCUCUAAAGCAAUUGAAGCAAUCCUUGUCAGAAAUGGAUGAAUCCAUGCAUUCAGUACUCCGACCAUCACAGAAACCAGAAGACAGAAUAGCUUCCUCUCCUAACCAGACCAACAGGUUUCCUCUUGAUCCAUCAGAACUGCCACCAGAUAGAGUUCACAUAGAGCUGGAACUUUCUCCUGACUCACAAAUUACACUUUAUGGACCAAUGUUGAAAGCGCUUCUUUCUAUAAAGGAGAAUUACUUUGGGGAAGAUGACAUGUAUACUGAUUUCGAGGAGGCGGUUUCAAGCCCUGCGAUGUUACUUUCCACCUUCUCCAGCUCUGGGUGGACAACAGUGGGAGUUGAGGACCGUGAUAAGAAGGAUAAUGAAAAUGGAACCAAGCAAAUCCACCCCCUCACCCUUCGCCCCUGGGAUAUCACUGUACUCAUUAAUUUAUACAAGGUGCACGGUCGGCUCCCAGUGCACUGCAGUAGUGACGGCCCUGAAUGCCCCACAGCUUAUGUGGAGAGACUGUGCUUUGAAAUGAAAAAAGGUUACAAAGAAACAAUGCUGCAGCUUGUGCUGUCCCCAGUACAAAUCUUCAUGAGCGACAUCUAUCAGAGGCUGGCAACUGAUGGAGUACUCCGAGAAGGCCACAUCAGUCUAUCGGGGCUACAGCUCAGGGCACACGCAAUGUUUUCAGUUGAGGGCUUACCUUUGGGAAGUGAUUCGCUAGAAUAUGCCUGGUUGAUUGAUGUACAGGCUGGAGCUUUGACAGCUAAAGUGACAGUUCCACAGCUGGCAAGCCUGUUGGAGUGGGGAGAGACAUUUGUUUUCCAUGUGGCAUCUCGUGAGUUUGAGCUUGAAAGACCAAAGUCUCUUGUAAUCUGUCAACAUGGAGUAAAUCGCAGCUUCUGCGAGGCCAAGCUGACGUGUGUCCCUGGGCCAUGUCGGACUUCAGAAGACGUGAAGUACACCAUGACCCGACUUGCUGUAGAUGGUGUAGAUCUAUUUGUUGUGGAACAUGGAUGCGCAGCCAACAUUAAGACAAGUGCCAUUCGCUUUGCCAAUUGUAACCUCCAUAACCAAGCAGUAGGAGAAGGAAUAAGUGCUGUGGUUCAAGAUUUCCAUAUAAGGCAAUACAUUGAACAGCAGGAUAACUGCAGACUGGGAGUUCAGCCCUCAGUUUUGCACAGAUCCUACUGGCUGGAGGCAGGUUCUGUCAACUUUGGACUGAUAACCACGGAUGUGGCCCUGGCAGCAGACCAUCCCUCCAAACAUGAAAUUCAAAGACUGUUCUUAGAAAUGCAUGACAACAGGACUAAAAGGCUCUGGUUUCUUUGGCCAGAAGAUGUUAGGAAUAAGAGAAGCAGGAAUAAGUGUGGCUGUUUAGGAGGGUGUCAUUUUUUUGGAGGCACUGCUGCAGCAGUGGACUUUUUCAAGCUUGAUGAGAUGAUGCCCUCCAGAAGCUCUGAUUUUUCCAGCUCCAGUGCAGGCUCCAUGUGCUAUGGACAGUCCCUGCUGCAGCCUGCAGAGUGGAUUAUCACUAAGGAGGCACCCAAACUCCCAGAGGGUAAGCCAAGUGGAACAGAGAGAAAAGAGUGGGAUACACGAUCGUUGGGAGCUGACCUUGAGAAGAAAGGUCAGGUCCUGAACCUGCAGGUUCCACUGCACUCUCAUAGCUCCACCUCAUCUUGUGAUGAGAACAGCAGUUCCAGUGCAGCACUCCCUGUGCUGUCCAGCAAGAAAGACAGCCCAUUUCCCUGCACUGAUGAUCACAUUGAGCAUUUGGUUUUCACACCUGGGUCGAAACCACAGGAUGUCAGUGGAGAGGUUCUUGCUGAAGCUCCAGAGAGCACUCCUGUCUCCCCCAGCAGCACCCAGGAGAGAUCUUCGCUAUGCUCUCCCCAGAAGCACCAGGCCUCUGUCAGUUCUACUUGUCUGGGAAGCACUAAGAGCCUGUCAGCAGCUAUCUUUAGUGAGAAGCAGCCCCCCCCAGCUGGAGUGCAGUUUAGCAGCGAUGUGACCCACAGCAAUGAAAAUGUAUUGGAUUCACUCUGGGAGAGGAGGAGCUUUGGUUCCUUCCCCUUCACCCCCUCAGCAGACAUCUUCAACCAGUACCGCUCCAUGGACUCCAGUAUGUCGAUGGCCGACAGCGAAGCCUACUUCUCUGCAGCAGAGGAGUUUGAGCCUAUCGGCACUGAUGAAUGCCCAGUGACCUACCCUGGGAGGAACAAGAAAAAGAAACGUGCCCAGCAGAUCAACUACAGCAGGAGCUCCAUUUACCACAGCGCUGAGGGGCCACUGACAUAUGUCCUCAAUAGGGAGACCAAUCAAGAUCCCAUCUCCACGCACCCUUCUCGGGCAUCCUUUGUUUCCGCACUAGGGGUGGAGGAAGAAUCUGCUGAGCAUGUCCACUCUGUGGAAAUGGAAAACAUCCCAGAGGUUGGCCAGAUGACAUCCCAGCCACAAGUAAUGGACUGCUACCAGAACUACCUUUCUCGUUACCAGAUGUUUAACUGGUCGGCUAAACAGCCAACCAACAAAAGAACCUCCAAAUCUUCUUUACAUCGGCCACUGGAUGUUGACACACCAACCAGCGAGGAGAGUUCCUCUUUAUUUGACCAGCUUUCCAUACCAAUGUUUACGAUUGUGAAGCAUGGCCUUGCUGCUAAUUAUUUACUGGACAGAGGUGUUCCACCCAUGGGAUCAUCAUCGAGCACAUCUUACACUCCAUUAGAAAAGAAGGCUACGGAAAACACUGAUGAUGAAACAGUCACUGAAGACUGGACUUUGGAUCAGCCUCUGUCCCAGACAAGAACCACUGCCAUAGUAGAAGUGAAGGGUGCUGUGGAUGUUGUCUUGACACCUCUCGUGGCCGAGGCUUUGGACAGGUACAUUGAGGCAAUGGUUCAUUUUGCAAGUAACCGGCAUCCUGCUUCCAUAGUGGAUGAUCUGCAUGGCAAGGUGCUAAGUGAGGCAUAUCAGAUCAGCAAAUCCACUGUCUUUGACUCAGGUUCUACAAAACAUGAAUCCAGGGGAUCGAAGAUCGAGAGUGCUGCACCUGGAUCUACAAACUUGGGAAACAAGCAAACUGACUUGUCAGCAAAACAGGAUAAAGUGAAAAUUAAAGGUCUCCAGGCCAACGUUUCUAUACCGAAGGUAAACCUGUGCCUACUUCAAGCAUCUAUUAAGGAAGGUUCUCCUUCGAACUCAAGUAAAAAUGUGACUCGCGUUUCCCUUGUGGCAUUGUGUUUCGAUAGAAUCGCUACACAAGUCCGAAUGAAUAGGGGUGUUGUAGAAGAAGGACCAAAUAACACAGAACAUGGCAGGCCGUCUGUGUCCUUUGAGAAAUAUGCAUCUGCCACUAAAAUGCAGCCCCAGUCCUCUGGUUCCCUGAGGUCAAACGCAGGGAUUGAGAAUGGGAAAGAGAUUGCAGCCAAGCUCAAUAUUCAUCGCAUCCACGGCCAACUGAGAGGUCUCGACACUUCAGACAUGGGCACCUGUGCAAUAACUGCCAUUCCAUUUGAGAAGUCCAAAGUGCUGUUUAGUCUUGAGGAGCUGGAUGAGUUUACCUUGGUGGAUGAGACUGAUCCACAGGGGGGUUCUGAUCUAACACGAACAUCAGCCAGCCUGGAGAAAUGGGGAUGGAUCAUGUUUGAGUGUGGCAUUGAAAAUGUGACAGUGAAAGGAGGAAGACAGUCAGGGGCUAUUUUAUACAAUGGCUUGCUGAAGUCAAAUGGGUCUUCUGGCUCACAGACUGGCAGUGGCUACAGCACCGAUUUGUCUGAAGAUAACCUACCACAAGACGGGCCAAGUCCGUCCUCAGAUGUCAGUGGGAAUUCAGACUCAGAUGAGCAGGAUGAAGGUGCAGAAUCUGAUGAUUUGAAGAAAGAUUUGCCGCUCUUGUCGCCACCUCCUGACUCCAGCAGCAUGAAGCUCAUGAUAACAGAAAUCUGGUUGAGUUUUGCAGCUCCAACAAAUGUGCGCUCACCAGCCCAGGCAUUCUCAAGGCAGCUGAAUCUUCUAAGCACAGCAACCCCUGGUAUUGGGGCGUGGCUGGUUCCAGUUGACCAGCUGAAAUCCUCUCUGAAUAAGCUGGAGACUGAAGAAACUCUUAGAGUGUGCGCAGUGAUGGGCUGCAUUAUGACUGAGGCUUUAGAGAAAAAGAGUAUUCACAUUCCUCUGAGAAGCAAGUACAACAGAGUUACUAAACGGGCACGUUGUCUCCAGGAAAAUCCUUCCUGUUUACUGUGUAAUAUUCUGCAUCGCUAUCUACAGCUGGCAGACUACUCCAUUAUUGAAGAAGCCACCAUGAAUGACGGCCUUCCUGCUCUGGUGACUUUAAAGAAAGGUUUGGUGGCCUUGGCCAGGCAAUGGAUGAAGUUCAUUGUGGUCACUCAAGGGUUUAAAGCGAUUGGGUUACUCAGGCCAACACAGUUGGCCAAGUCUCAGGAACAGUCGCAGCAUGCAUAUGAGAUUGGCCAGGGACUGGACAAUGGGGGAGGCUUACAGAGCGACACCAGUGCUGAUGGGGCUGAAUUUGACUUUGAUGCAGCUACAGUAAGUGAACACACAAUGCUGUUAGAAGGGACCAGUGCUCGCCCUCUGCCUGCAGGUGUUACCUCAGGCCCAGUCAGCGGCUCUGAGAUUAUGAGAAAACUCUCCAAGUCUCAUAACCACACAGAAUCUCCUCUUAAAAUAAAGGGUAUCCAUCCAUACCAAUCUCUUAGUUACACUAGUGGAGAUACAGCCACAGAUUCCCCUACCCAUGUCAGCCAGACUGGGUUGCCAGUGAAGGACAGUCCGAGAAAGGAGAGCCUCCUCAGCUACCUUACAGGAAGCUACCCCAGUCUGCACAACCUCCUGGAAGCAACCCCGCAGAGAAUCGCCACAGGCGGGAAAAGCAGCUCACUCACCAGGACAGCUAACAACGUUGCUCCAGAUAUGCUGACAGAGCACCCGUUGUUAUCUGAGCCAUCUUCUGUGAGCUUCUAUAAUUGGAUGUCAAAUGCUGUGGGUAACAGUGGAAGUGUGGUACAGGAGUCUCCUGUCACAAGAAUAGAGCACAAUAGCCUUCAAACAGGUGUUACAUAUAACCUUCCUACAAUACAGUCUGCUUCAGACUUUAAUACUGUACUGUCCAGUGAUCAACACACCCUAGGUGGCACCCAUUCUCAGCACAGUACCAGCCAGGAUGAUAUCGCUGUUCUAGAGGAAAUUAAUCAGGGACCCCUAGCAGUACAGUUGGCUGAUGCACAGGUUGUAUUUAAACCCUUGCUAAGCCACACCGGUAUUCAGUCUCAAGAUACUGCACCACUAAGAUACAGAAUGUAUUUUGGCGAGCAUCUUUCAUUUUCUGGAACUCUGGAAUGCCUCCGAGCAGAUAUUGUCGACUCAGAUACAUCCAAGGAGAGAAAAAAGAAGAAAAGAUCAAAAAGACAGGGGGCAGUGAACCUUCCUCCUUUGGACUUCAAGCCUGCCCUGAUGUUUGAAACCUUCAGUAUUAAUGCUGUAGUAAUGGAGAAAUCCAUAAGCACUCCCCAAAACUCCACCAGUGCACUUUCUUUCCAUGACUUCAACAGACGGCAUUACAAUACCUUCCACUGUAACUUCACAUUAUCUUGCCAGUCUCUCAGCCAACAUGUCGACAUGGCACUAGUCCGGCUCAUACACCAGUUUAGCACCAUGAUUGAUGACAUCAAAGCCACCCAGACUGACAUCAAGCUGAGCAGGUACACUGCAGGAUCCGCAUCUCCCACCCCAACCUUCAAAACCCGAAAUCACAGGGAAAUACGCUUCUCAGACUUCAGCCGCAGCUCGAGGGGCAGCAAAGGAAACAAUAAGAAGAACUAUUGUGCAGGGAAUGAGAAUAAUAAGAAAGAACCACGCAACAAAAACUCGCUGGGCCGCUUGGAGAGGAGGACCUCCAAGCUGUCUCAGAAAGGGUCCAGGGAGGCGGCUAAUCACAUGACCAUCCAGAUGGAUGACUCUGAUUCCAUUACUGUCUCUGAGCAGAGCGAGACUUCUGCAGAGUGCUGGCAGAACAUGUAUAAACUGCUUAACUUUUACUCACUCAUCUCUGAUCCAGCUGGCAUUCUGGAAAAGGCCUCCCCCGGCGUCCCAACAGAUGGUGGUCGGAGCUCUUCAGAAUCAACAUGUAGAGUAGUCUUUGAAAAUGAGAGGGGUAGCUCCAGUCCAGACAACCUGCAAACGAAGAGGAACCUGGUCAGCACAGAGCCCCAGCAUGUCACUCUGGUAGUGUUUGGGAUAGGUAUGGUGAACAGCACUCACCUUGAGGCUGACAUUGGAGGCUUAACGAUGAAAGCAGAUCUAAAAAAAAUCCAUGGCAGCUUCACAUUGAAAGAAAAAAUGAAAGAUAUUUUGCACCAAAAGAUGACAGAGACAUGUGCCUCUGCUCACAUUGGUGGGGUUAAUAUAGUGUUGUUGGAAGGAGUCACACCAACUAUUCAAACUGUAGUAAAAUGCAACAUUGCCAAAUCUCAGGCACUGUAUAGUGCCCAGAGAGGACUGAAAACAAACAAUGCAGCUGUUUUCAAAGUGGGCACCAUCCUUAUUAACAUCCCUCAGCACCCUGCUACCCUGCACAGUAUGAUGGUGCGCAGCUCCCAUCAGCUCUCCAAGCAGAUCUCAGACCUCAUUCGACAGCCAUCCACAGUGCCUCAGCCUCCAGGGGAAGAUGUUUCAACUCCCCAUUCUUCUGAAAAGACCACCUCAAGUGUUAACCAGACCCCAAUCGAAGCCAAUGAGUUUCCACAGCUGCCAGAGGGCUUGGAAAAGAAGCCAAUAGUUCUUAAAUUCAGUGCCAUGUUAGAUGGUAUCACAAUAGGAGCAGCAUUGUUGCCAUCGCUUAAAGCAGAAUACAGAAUGGGCCAAAUGAAAAGCCAUGGAGUGACAGGUGCACAAACAAGGUUUACAUUUGAGCUGCCCAAUCAUAAACUGCAAUUUCAAUCUAAAGUAUCACCGGUUGAUAUGUCGUCAAUGCCUCCUUCAGCCAGUUUAAAUCUGCCACCAGUUACCAUGUCUGGAGAAUAUAUAAUGGAAGAACAUGAUAGCCAUUCUGAUCAGCCUUGGAGUGCAGAUAACUUUCCAUCCAAACGGGGCAACUACCUCCAAGGAAACUACCUGCACUGUGUGGCUGAGAUUGGUUCGUUUGAGCACAACCUGACAACAGAUCUGUUAAACCACCUGGUAUUUCUGCAGAAGGUGUUCAUGAAGGAAGUGAAUGAAGUGAUACAGAAGGUUUCAGGAGGAGAACAGCCUAUACCUCUUUGGAAUGAACAUGACAUUUCAGCUGAUGUAGAUAAACCCAAAAUCCUGUUAUAUUCGUUGAACCUCAUGUUUAAGGGUAUUCAGGUUACUGCUACAACUCCAUCCAUGAGGGCAGUGAGAUUUGAGACCGGUCUUAUUGAGCUGGAGCUCUCCAACAGGAUCCAGUGUAAAGCUAAGCCUGGAAGCAGCAGCUACCUGAAACUUUUUGGGAAAUGCCAAGUGGACCUGAAUCUGGCAUUGGGGCAAAUUGUUAAACAUCAGGUUUAUGAAGAAGCUGGUUCAGACUUCCACCAGGUAGCUUAUUUCAAAACAAGGAUCGGCCUAAGAAACGCUCUUCAGGAGGAAAUCAGCUACUCAUCUGAUAAAGAAGCUGUGCUUAUCACUCUGAACAGGCCUAUAGUAUAUGCACAGCCUGUGGCAUUUGAUAGAGCUGUGCUUUUCUGGCUGAACUACAAGGCUGCAUAUGACAAUUGGAAUGAACAGCGAUUGGCGUUGAAUAAAGACAUUCAUGUGGCUACAAAAGAAGUGGUGGAUAAGUUACCUGGGAUCCAGCAAACUUCUGCUCAGGCUUUCAGUACACUGUUCCUUCAGCUAACUGUAAACGAUUUAGGGAUCUGUUUACCCAUCACAAACUCUUCACAGAUGUUUUCUCCCCAGUCCCAGGCCAAUCACAGCAUUGAUUUAGAUAUGGGCUCAGCAUUGGUUCUCACCAUUGAGAGCACUCUGAUCACUGCCUGCUCCUCAGAGUCUCUGGUCAGCAAAGGUCACUUUAAAAACUUCUGCAUACGAUUUGCUGAGGGCUUCGAAACAACUUGGGAUGACUGGAAACCAGAAGCGAGGGGAGAUGUGGUCAUAAAUGCUUGUGUGGUACCAGAUGGCACAUAUGAAGUUUGUUCUAGAACCACUGGGCAACAGUCAGCAGAGAGCAGUAGUGCUGGAACCUGGACCCUGAAUGUGUUGUGGAAGAUGUGUGGAAUCGAUGUCCAUAUGGAUCCCAACAUCGGAAAGAGAUUGAAUGCUCUUGGUAACACACUCACUUCCCUGACUGGUGAGGAGGACGUGGAUGAUAUUGCUGACCUGAACUCCAUCAAUAUGGCUGACAUCUCGGAUGAGGAUGAACCCAACAUCAUGUCACCCACCAUCCAUGCAAAUACAGAAGGACCUACUAUAACUGGAUUGGACUGCACUAGACUUACAUUUCGGAAACGGCUUGUUAACCAUCUGCUUGGUGCGAGUCCUAAAAGCCAGAGAAAUUCAGUUCCUGCAGAGUUUCCCAGUGAUUGCGACAGUUCUCAUUCUAGCAGAUCCAGCUCCAAAUCAUCCAGGCCUCUCUCCUGGGGAUGUGAACUAAUUGAACAUCGGCGCCAGGGAUCAACUGGGGGCCCGAUAAUUGAAGGACGAGGAAGGAAGUUCUCGAAACGCCUAGUGGACAUCAGAGAACUGAACGAGCAGGCUAAAGUUAUUGAUGACCUAAAAAAAUUAGGGGCAAGUGAAGGGACCAUAAACCAAGAAAUCCAACGCUAUCAACAGCUUGAGUCUGUAGCAGUGAAUGAUAUCCGGAGGGAUGUUCGAAAAAAGCUGAGGAGAUCCAGCAUGAGGGCAGCUUCUUUGAAAGACAAAUUGAGUCUAGGAUACAAACCCAGUAAUAGUAGGUCAAAAAGUAUAUCAGCUACUGGGAGACCUCCACUGAAGAGGACGGAAUGCACAAGCUCUCGAAGAGGAGAUGGUGAAGACCUGCCAGAAAUCCAUGUAGAUGCCAGCUCCCCUGGACCACGAGUGACCUUCAACAUACAGGACACGCAGUCCUGCAGCCCUGGUGACAAAUGUUUCAAGUUUCCGGAGGAGACAGAAAUGGACCUGUUGUCAGUCACGAUUGACAGCCCACCUCAUUUUCCAUCUGUUAGUGAAGGAUCGUGUUCAGUGUUCAGUACACCCAACACUCCGGUUGUCUUCUCUCCAACCAUUCCCUUCCAGCACGAAGAUAGCAGGCAAGACGACAGCCUGUCAUCGUCCAGCGAUGACUCUGACAAAAAGGAGGAUUUUGACAGGGAGAGACCCUACUAUUACGGAACACCGCAAACUUCACGCAAAAAAUCCUCGGGAUUUGCUGCUAUGAGCCAACUUAUCAGUGAUGGCUGGUCGGGAACACCUGCCAACAAAAGCGUUGUGAGUGCAACUAUUGAGAGAAACAUAGAUUUUCAGCUGGAUAUUCGGGUCGAGAUCGACAGUGGGAAAUGCGUGCUGCAUCCAACUACUCAGCCACCAGAACAUGAUGACAUAAGCCUGCAAAGGAGUUAUGACCGAAGUUUAAGGAGCUUGGAUCAGGAGUCUCCACCAAAAAAGAAGAAACUUCAGCCAACUUAUUCAUCAGCUACACAUUUGCUGUCUGGAAAGAAAGUGCCAUCUUCUCAACAGACCAAGUCAAGUGAUUUUGAGACUACAGUGUUUUAUAUACCUGGAGUAGAUGUAAAGUUGCACUACCAUUCUAAGACUGUGAAGACAGAAUCACCAAAUGCUUCCAGAGGAUCCUCUUUGCCAAGAACCUUUUCCAAAGAGUCCAAACUGUAUGGUAUGAAAGAUAGCAGCACUGCCCCUCCUCCCACUACAACCCAAAGCAAGACUAACAUGCUUCUUCCUCCCCCACCUAUUCCAGCAGCCAAAGGCAGAGGAGGCGUAGGGGUGAAAGCAGCUAAGUUGUAUGCAUGGGUGGCACUGCAGACUCUACCAGAGGAGAUGGUCAUCAGCCCAUGCUUUCUGGACUUUCUUGAGAAAGCCUUGGAAACCAUACCAAUAACUCCGAUUGAGAGGAACUACACAGCUAUCAGCUCUCAGGAUGAAGAUAUGAGUCAGUUUGACCCUGCUGAUCAGCUGGAGGAGUCCACCACAUCCCUGGUCUCAUCCUCAACAUUGGCUUACUCCUCGUUUCCUGUCGAUGUGGUGGUUUAUGUGAGGGUGCAGCCAUCUCAGAUCAAAUUUAGCUGCCUGCCUAUGUCGAGAGUGGAGUGCAUGUUGAAGCUGCCUUCCUUGGACCUGGUGUUCUCCUCAAACCGAGGAGAGCUGGAGACUCCAGCCACUACUCACACAGCAGAUGGGGUGCCCCCUGCUGGCCCCACCACCCCCCUCGUUCAGAACGUGCUAAAGACUGCAGCCAAUAAAGGUCCCUCCCCAGGACUUGGAAGUCCUCUUGGCAGAACCAGGCACUGCAGCAGCCAGUCAGACCUGGCCACUUCCAACGCUAGUUCAUCAGGACUGAGUUUCACAGCCUGUAUGUCAGACUUCUCACUCUAUGUGUUCCAUCCCUACGGAGCAGGAAAACAAACAUCAGUUGUUGCUGGCCUUCCUGGUUCAGGCCCACUAGGUGCUGUGGAUGAAGAGACCUCUUCUGUCACGGGUCGUAAAGACUCCCUGAGCAUCAACCUGGAGUUUGUGAAAGUGAGCCUAUCCAGGAUGAGGCGCUCCGGGGGCGCUAUCUUUAUUGAGAGCAUGAUGCCAGGGAAAGGGGGCAAGAUUGAGACCACUUUAAUUAACAUCUCAGCUGUAUGUGACAUCGGUUCAGCUUCCUUUAAAUAUGAUAUGAGGAGGCUAAGUGAGAUCCUGGCCUUUCCACGAGCUUGGUACAGGAGGAGCAUUGCGAGACGCCUCUUUUUAGGUGAUCAGACAAUAAAUUUGGCAGCUUCAGGGCCUGCAACACCAGACUCUGUUGAAGGAGUCAAUCAGCACCUUUCUCCUGAGUCAACCCGUAAAGCCUACUGUAGGACAUGGGACCAGACCUCCCAGUCAGCCUCUUACCAACACAGGACACAGUUGCCUAAUGUGUUCAGCGAGCAUGCCCUGAACAACAGCAUGUCUCCAGGGGGGAUUUCCCACAGCCUCAAGUCUCCUGCUGUAUCCCACUCCAGGAGUGUCUCGGACUCCUCUGCACCAAGAGAUUCCAUCGCUAAAACGUCCACACCAUCAUUUAACAAGGCUAGUAAGAUUGCCACCCAGCAGGGCUCGCCCUGGGAGACGCUGGUUGUGUUUGCUAUUAAUCUGAAGCAGCUGAAUGUACAAAUGAACAUGAGCAACAUAAUGGGGAACAACACUUGGACUACUAGUGGUUUGAAAAGCCAGGGCCGGCUCUCAGUGGGCAGCAACAGAGACCGGGAGAUCAGCAUGUCAGUUGGCUUGGGAAGGUCAAAGCUGGACUCCAGAGGAGGUGUUGUGGGGGGCAAUAUUGAUGUUAAUACUCUGGAGAUGGUUGUGCAUAUCUCUGAACAUCCAAACCAGCAGCCUAGCCAUAAAAUCCAAAUCACCCUCGGCUCCACUGAGGCUCGCGUUGACUAUAUGGGCUCGAGUAUCCUGAUGGGGAUUUUCAGCAAUGCGAAUCUCCAGCUGCAAGAUGAAUGGAAAGUCAAUCUGUAUAAUACCGUGGAAACAAGCUUGUCAGAGAAAAGUGAAAUCUUUGUCCACGGGGAUCUACAGUGGGACAUCUUCCAGGUUAUAAUAUCUAGAUCUACCACUCCAGACCUGAUUAAGAUUGGUAUGAAACUUCAAGAGUUCUUCACCCAGCAGUUUGAUACUAGCAAGCGGGCUUUGUCAACCUGGGGUCCUGUCCCAUAUAUACCUCCCAAAGCACCAGUCAUUAAUGUUGGAAAAGGUUCAAAUGAACAAUCCAUGGAUGCAUCUCACCACCGUCACUGGCCAGGGGUUUUGAAGGUGAUCGCUGGAUGCCACAUAUCCCUGUUUCAGAUGCCUUUGCCAGAAGAUGCUGUUCAGUUGGGUGGAUCUAUGAGCCUCCAUGGGAACCACAUGACACUAGCCUGUUUCCAUGGGCCUAAUUUCAGGUCCAAGUCCUGGGCUCUCUUUCACCUGGAAGAACCCAACAUUGCAUUUUGGACUGAGGCUCAGAAGAUAUGGGAAGAAGGUUCUAGUGAUGAUUCAACAUACAUUGUGCAGACACUAGACUUUCAUUUGGGUCACAAUACUAUGGUCACUAAACCUUGUGGAGCCUUGGAAAGCCCUAUGGCUACCAUCACCAAAAUAACCAGACAGCGUCAUGAAAACCCACCACAUGGAGUAGCAAGUGUCAAAGAGUGGUUUAACUAUGUGACUGCCAUGAGAAAUGAAGAGCUAAACCUCCUCCGAAAUGCUGAUGCGAACAACACAGAGAGUGAAGUAGCAGCCAAAAGCUCCAGCCUGCUGAGUGGAUUCCGAGGAGGGUUGAGCUACAGCCAUGAGACUGAGACUAUCUUCGCUCUGCCAAGAAUGCAACUGGACUUCAAAUCAAUUCAUGUACAGGAACCAGAGGAGCCUGCAUUACAGGAAUCCAGCAGCAAGCCAAAGGUGGAGUGCAGUGUUGUGACAGAAUUUACUAAUCACAUAUGUGUUACUAUGGAUGCAGAGCUGAUUAUAUUUCUGCAUGACCUGGUGUCUGCCUACCUGAAAGAAAAAGAAAAAGCCCUCUUCGCUCCUCGCUUGUUUACGACUCGACAAGGGCAAAGGAGUCCCACCGUCAUACACAAUGAGAAUUCUAGUGUGAAAGACAAGGAGGAGGCUAUUAACUACGCCACAGUGGACUGGAGAGAGUUUAUGUGCAAUACAUGGCAUCUUGAGCCUACACUGAGAUUAAUUUCCUGGACUGGGAGAAAGAUUGACCCAGUAGGAGUGGACUACAUUCUCCAGAAGCUGGGAUUCCAUCAUGCCAGGACCACAAUUCCAAAGUGGCUUCAGCGAGGAGUCAUGGAUCCCCUGGAUAAGGUUCUCUCAGUCCUGAUCAAAAAGCUGGGCACCACACUUCAAGAUGAAAAGGAAAAAAAAGGCAGAGACAAGGAGGAGCAUUAACAUACCUACUGAUUUUACCUUCAGUUCUUUGACACUUUAUGAAUUAAAAAGGUAUUACCUUGCAGUGGGAAAUGCUAUGUAAAAAGAGAUGAGGUAUAUAUGAAAAAACAAACGCUGGAUAUGGCUACCGUUACUUUUACGUUGACACACUAUUAUUCCUGUGUAAAUGUACGAGUGUCAGUGUAGCUGUUUACUGUGGAGUAUGCUGCUACCGUGUAUUGAUUUUUAAAAAAGUACUACACAUUUAUUGUGGUACUCUAUAUUUUGGAGAAAAAAAAAUAUGUAGUAUUAAAUUGUUUAAUUUCUGCUGAGCAUUCCAUUUUUAAAUGAUUAAGUGAAAUAGACUUAAUGUCUAUAAAACACUGCUGAUUCUUCAAUGUCAAUUUCAUUUCUUA